CCGCCCGCUCGCGUCGUGCACGGUCUCCUGGGUCGCGCCGGUGGUAGGCUCGUGCACGCCUAUUAUUCAUUAAUCGUGUACCCGCUUGAGUUUUGCCACACGGGCACUGGGGUGCAGAAUGAAGGAAUGGUGGAUCCAGGUUGGGCUGCUAACUGUCCCCCUCCUGGCCGUGUAUCUGAACAUCCCCCCUCCUAACCUCUCACCUGCUCUCAUCUCAUGGCGGUCAACUGGCAUGUUCUUCACGUUCCAAGGGCAGCGCAUCUUUUACAGAGAGUCCUGGGGAGUUGUUGGCAGCUCUGAUGUUGUGGUUCUUUUACAUGGCUUCCCAACAUCUAGUUAUGACUGGUACAAGGUUUGGGAAGGUCUAUCUCAGAGAUUCCACAGAGUCAUUGCUCUGGACUUCAUUGGGUUUGGUUUCAGUGACAAACCAAGGUUCCAUCGCUACUCCAUAUUUGAGCAGGCCAGCAUUGUGGAGGCUCUUAUUAGUCAUCUUGGAUUGAGGGACCAAAAAGUGAACCUCUUGUCUCAUGACUAUGGAGAUACUGUUGCCCAAGAACUGCUCCACAGGUAUGAGCACAAAAGGACAGGACACAUUAAUAUAGGCAGCUUAUGUCUUUCAAAUGGAGGUAUUUUCCCAGAGACGCACCACCCCAGGCUUGUACAGAAGCUGUUGAAAGAUGCUGGGAUUUUUUCACCAAUCCUUACAAGGCUGAUGAACUUCUAUUUCUUUAGCAAAGGAAUUAGUGAGGUGUUUGGACCGUAUACACAGCCAUCGGAAGCAGAGUACUGGGACAUGUGGACUGCUCUGAGGAGUAAUGAAGGGAACCUGGUGGUGGACAGUAUUUUGCAGUAUAUAAACCAGCGAAGGAAGCAUAGAGAUCGCUGGGUAGGAGCCCUGGUCAAUGCAUCAGUUCCAUUACACUUGAUUUAUGGACCGCUUGAUCCUGUAAACCCGCAUCCUGCAUUUCUGGACCAUUAUACGAAACUGGUUCCCAAAUCAACAUUCUCUGUCCUAGAUGAUCAUAUCAGUCACUAUCCUCAGCUGGAGGAUCCCACUGGCUUCCUAAAUGCUUAUCUGAACUUCAUCAAUUCAUUCUGAGGAUAUGAGAUCUGCUUUUUUAUUCCAUGUGCGGUCAGUCACCAGCUCUCUACCAGUUUCUCCAUCUUCAGAAAGAAUAUAAGGAACU